CAACGUCGACGGCCCUAGGGCUCAUCCUUUUGUCUCCUAAGUCGAAGACCCUCAAAAAAAAAAAAAAAGAUUUUGAUACUCACAAUUCAUCUCUUUUCAAAAACUUGAAUCAAUUCUCUUUUCCUUUACAUAAAAAAGAAGAAGCAAGAACUCUUCUUGCAAUCUCAUCUAUAUCACUCUCAAAUCCAUUCAAAACCAAGAAUUUUGAUUGUUCGAUGUUAUCAUCAACUGAACCAGUGGCCCAGCAGCAACAGCUGAGCCGCUACGAAUCGCAAAAGCGCCGUGACUGGAACACGUUCGGACAGUAUCUCAAGAACCAGAGACCGCCCGUCUCGUUCGCUCAGUUGAGUUUCAACCACGUGAUCGAUUUCCUCAAGUACUUGGAUCAGUUCGGUAAGACCAAAGUUCAUCACCAUGGUUGUGUCUUCUUUGGACAGCCUGAUCCUCCGGGACCUUGUACUUGCCCAUUGAAGCAGGCUUGGGGAAGUCUCGAUGCGUUGAUCGGACGGCUGAGAGCUGCGUUCGAGGAACAUGGCGGAUCGUCCGAUCAAAACCCUUUUGGGAACGGUGCGAUUAGGGUUUACCUGCGUGAAGUUAGGGAUUCUCAGUCCAAGGCAAGAGGGAUUCAAUACAAGAAGAGGAGGGAGAAGAGGAAGAGAAUCAAUGGCGAAAACCCUAGUAAUCAUCAGAUUCGAAAAACAAUGAAUGAUGAAGGGACAUCGUCGAACGUCCUUCCUUCUCCCAUUUCACCGUAAAGGAUGGUACACAUUGAGCCAAUGCCCAUCUUCCUACAUAUUCGUCUGAAGAACCAAAAUGCGUUUCUUUGGUACAGCUCUUUGUGAUUCAUAUAUAAAAUUGUUAUACAAUUUAGUCCAUGAUCAGUUCAGUUAUACUUUAUAUAUAUGUUUUUUUUAUUUUCACAUUUGUCUAAACUAAGAAACCCACAAAUAAAAAUCUUCUGUUCGGGGUCCA